ACCUCUUUCCUGCGCAACUGUCCUCGUUGAGUACCCCAGCAAUCAAAACGGUCCUCUCGUUCGACCAACCAAACCGUAUCCGGACGCAAAAUAGCAUCCAGAUUCAUUUGAUCAAAUCCCUGGUGCUCCUCACAAUGGCAAUCCUCCACCCAUUGGCGUAUACCUACCAGUACUUCGCAGUGACAGUGAUGGCAAGCAAAUGUCCGCCCUGCUCCCGCCGCCCUGCACCUUCAAAAAACACCAUUUGCACAUGUUCAUAACACUCGCUAACAAGUUCAUACGCGCCAUCUCAGAAGGAGGAAGAUGAAAUGGGGGUUCCGCCUGAAUGUUCGAGCCUGCGACCUCCCUCUUUCUUGCACAAUUGCCCUCGCUGUUGCUCCUUGCACUGACAAUUGUCCUCCCAUGCGCAUUUCGGCGCUUAGACAGGUAUGGUGAGCAAUCCCUUCCUCACCGCUCAAACCCCAUUUAUAAACAUGUUCACACGCAUCAUGUGUUCAGAAGAAAAAAGACGAAGACGCCGAUGAAAUGGGGGUUCCGUCCGGAUACUCAAACCUGAGACCGCUCUUGCUGUUGCCAUUCUUGUCCUUGCUGAUACUUCCCGUGACGAUGAUCGUCCUCCCGUUUGCGUACCAGUACUUGAGGGCGACGGCGUGCUUCUCGUCUCUCGCAUCUUUUAUAAGGAACUUCCGCGCCGAGGAGGACGCGGCCACCGCUUCGGCAGCAGCGCUGCUGGCGGCCGUAGCGAACGCAGCAGAGGGCCCUGUGGCGAUCGGCGCCAGCGCGGCUGCAGCAGUGCCUGCUGCCGGGAUCGCAGCAACGGCGGCCGACCCCGCUGUUAUCGUAACAGCUAGGGCGGCGGCCGUCGGUAUCAGGAUUCCCAUCAGCCGAUCCUUCGCUGACGGUUCAUUCUUCCCGUCGAACGGGUACACAGCGAUAUUAAACCACAUCUUACCUGUGGUCUGGGUCACGGACUCGCCAGGCUGAAGAACCCCCCAAAACAAAGGACCGAUCUGGUGGGGCACCAACGAUAUGAAAAAAAAAAAAAAAAAAAAAAAAAAAGAUAAAGAUUACACAAACAA